UUACAACUUGUAUAAAACACUAAAUGCGAUUCAAUCAUUGGUCCUAGUUUAGAAGAAAAUCAUCCUAUCGUGUAACGCUAAAGAGGUUCAGCGUCACCAACCGGUUCUCUCUUUUUUUGAGAGACCCAGCAACGUCAUCGGCCUAGCUAAGUGAAAGAAUAUAUUCAUCGACUUCCCCGUUAGAUAGAACAAGAGAUCAUUACUGUACCUAGAAUUAUUUUCUGUUUAAUUAAAUCGAGUUAUCCGUCCACCCCCUUCCCUUGACUUUGAAUAUUUGCAGUUGCUUCGUGAUUAAGCAAAAAAUAUCACACAAUGCCCACUUAUGAGGACACAGAUCAGAAUCGCCCUUCAACAGAAAGCCAUGAUAUCGGGACAACAUUAUUAGAUAUCCUUCCCAUCCCUCACACGACCCAACCCGGCAGCGAUCCGGAAAAGCAUGAACUUGCGACUACCAUUAACGAUGAACCCACGCUCUCCCAUGCCUUGGCGACGGACGACUACGAAGAUAAAGGCUUGGCUCAACAGGAGCACGACGAAGAGGUGAUCGAUUUAGGAUGGAACGAAAAGAAACAUGAUAUUCCUGCACCGUUAGUCGGAGGGCUGGGCAACGAGGACCUAUGGCUUCUCAUUCGAAGAUUUAAUAAGCAAAUAUAUCAUGUCAAAGAAGUCCCGACAGCCGUGCCUGGGAACCUGGACCUCAAUAUUGCUGAUGAAGAGGAGUUCUCUCCCGACAAGCUACGCGCCAAUAUCGAACGCUUUUAUAUGACCGUGGUGAUCGGUUUAUUAGGUUUCGUUAAGCAUGUAAUGCGGCUACGUUCGUGGCGGGAAACUCGACGGACAGCCUAUUUCUGCACGGCUUAUUCCAUCGCUUGGGUAGCUGACUUGAUCAUUCCGCUAAUCGCUCUUACUCUGAUCACUCUACUCGUAUAUCCGCGAUCAAGAGAGAUUCUCUUCCCACCCGCGCCACUGGCAAUGGUAGAUUCUUCCACAGGUGGAAUACAAAAGCCCAAAGCUGGUGUCCUCGGCAGCACCGAAAGCGCUACAGGAGCGCCACAGAACUUCAAAGGCGAAGCGGUCGAACAAGAGGCCAGCAACUUCGUCAACGGCUUCACUUCCAUCGUGGUUACGAGCGCUGCAGGAAAACAUCCACCACCUUCGUCAGCGGCUGAGUCCGGGGACGACAAUGUGCCCGAUCCCACUGAAGCGGCUAUGGCGGCCGCGGAAGCUAAAAGUGCCGCUGCCGGCGGUAAACCCGGAGCGAAGCACGAUAAGACGAAAGUCCCUGUUCAAACCGCAAUGUGGACAAAGAUGAGACCAAUCAUGCAUGGAAUCGCCGACGUGUCAGACACGUGGGAGCGGUUCGCCAACGCUCUAUCCCCUACUUCACCAUUCCCGCGAGAUCUUUGCCGAGUAAGACUUGCUGCAUUGGUCAUCCCGGUAUUACUCAUUCCCCUCUUUGUAACAUCGUACAUGUUUAUGAAGGGAGUCACCUUUGGCAUUGGCUUUGGCUUCUUCGGGGACCCCAUCAUAUCCCGCGGAAUGGGUUGGUUGAAUCGCACAUUCCCUCACUGGCAAAAACUCCUCGAGCUUCGCAACACUGUCCUUAAAGGAGUACCAACCAAUGCGCAGUUAGCUCUAACACUACUUCGCAUCGGUGAGGCUAACAAGGCACCACUCCCACCACCACCUACCAUGAGCGAGCCACCCCCCGAGAAACCCGUAGAUAUCACCGAUGCCGAACUAAGAGCCACGGGAGCCGACACGCCGCUGAACGCUACCGACGAGGAACUGCGGGAAGCCAUGGAACACGACCCGCGCACCGCCCACGAGACCAGCGGCCCCGACAUCGACGCAGCCAAGAAUCCCAAGCACGGCAAGCGCGGGAGCAAGCUCAUCGGCUUCUUCAAGGGCACGACCAAGGGCGCCGUCAAGACCGCCAUCGGCACCGACCACGCGCGCGCCAAAGCCGGCUCGCGCCACGCCAAGAACCGGCUCGGCGCCGUCUCCCCCGCCCACAGCGAGGACAGCCGCGUCUCCGGCCCCGUUGACUUCCAGGGCCGGUACGAGGGGCAGAAGGGCCACGUGUACAUCACGACGAAGUCGACGAUCCCCGCAGUCGCGUUCAGCACUGACUCGACGAUCGAGAAGAUCGGUUCCGCGGAGCGCGAGGACCUGCAUCCGCUGUGGACGCUCGCCAUCGGGGACAUCGCUGAGAUCAAGAAGGUCGGCGGGUACGGGUGGAAGGCUAAGAUUGUUGUCGGCUGGUCUUUGGGUAGAGAAGUUGCGGACGGCCUGCAGAUCACGGACCGGCUUGGCAAUGUGCUGAGGGUGACGGCGCUGCCGAUGCGGGAUGAGCUGUUUAAUCGCCUGGUGGCUGUUGGCGGACAGAGGUGGGAGGCUUGGUAAGAAGGAGGUCCUUUCGAUAAAACGAAUAUUUCUUCUGAAAACUUGAGACGCAAUGAAUUCUAAUAGAAAGGGGGUAGUGUAAGAGUGUGUCCGGGGGACUAGAACUGUACGUCUUUAUUUUUGGGUUUGAAAAUCAGUCUAGAAUGUAAGUAGAGCAGUUACAUGAGAAGCGUAUAUACAAGGUUAUGACAAGGAAAAGGAUAUGAUAUACAGAGGCUUUGAAGAUAUCGGGUAUGUACCUUGGUAUGCUUGGGGUCCUACAGGAAGCGCUUGAUAAGGGUUCAACGAUUGAUCAUAAAGUAUCUACAUACCUGGCUAGAUAGAUAUUUUACACGCUUCUGCUAGAUGGUCAGAAAAUUACACAAUUCAUAUUA